GUCAGAAGUAUCGUUUCUUCCAAAAGUAACGAUAGAGAAAAAAAAAAUACAAAAUUUAGAAAAUAUAUUACCUUAUCAAUGGAUCUUAUUCUUAAAUAAAAUGAUUGACCGUUUAUUUGAUCAGAGAAUUUCGGUCGAGAUAUCGAUUCGUAUCAAAAUUACUGGUACUUUGUUAAAAGAAAAUUUCAUUCGAACGGAUAUUUAAAGAACUGAAAAUUUUUGCAACUAUUAAUUUGAUUAUACCUAUUAUUUUAAAAGGUGCUGCCACCUGUGCUUACGCGCGAUAUUUUCAACAAUCGUUCAACUGAAAUUUUACAUUAGUCGAGAGCCAACGUUCCAUGAAACAUUUCUAACCUUUAUUUUGGUAUCCUUCCAUUGAAUCCUUCAUGCAAGUAUAAACUUGCUGUUUUGGCGUAUAACUGUAGAUAAAAGAUGACUAUGUGGGAGAGGCUACGAAAUCCUUGUGGUUGGAGAGCUGGUGCUAAGCAAAUUUCAGUCGACGCAAUGAUACCGAUAUUUGCGGUUCCAACAUUGGCACUUAUAGCCGCGCAAACAGUGUUAUGUACUGUAAUCAUAUUUGUUGCAACACCAAUAUUGGUCUACUACUUGCAUCACAACUUUCUGAGAUUUCUACUACGUACCAAAUUUUUUUUAAUGUGGACGAUUACGAGUGUAGUCAUGUUGAUGCUAAUCUUUGAAGUGAAUGUUGUACCACUACUAGAAAUUUUAUUAGAAGAGAAUAUAGUGUUCAUAAUGUGUGUCGUGGGUGGUAUAUGGUGCGGCUAUAUGACUAGAUCAAAUGCAGAUUCUGUAACUCAAGAAGGUACUUUAACUCAAGGUUUAGAGCUUGGCGAAGGAAGUGGAGAACUUUGCAUUACAUGUAGAAGAAGAGCACCGCCUAAAGCUCAUCAUUGUCGAAUGUGUCAGACAUGCAUUCUUAAUAGAGAAUAUCAUUGUAAAUGGUUGGACUGUUGUAUAGGUUCUAGCAAUUUAAGAUGGUAUUUGGGAUGUUUAUUCUUCUCAGCCAUAGCUUUUAUUUAUGGUUCCAAUCUAACCAUAACUAGUGUAUGUCAUCCGUUUAUACUCAUUGGUACUGUUCUUUUACCAGAUGAUUGCAGCGAUGUGUAUCAUCAAUUGGACAUUGCCCUUUGCUUCAUCUCGGCACUCUACAGUUUGCUUGUUGGGCUAGUGAUAGUUUGUUAUUUAAUAUAUCAUCUUUGGUUAAUUUACCUUGGUACAACAUCGAAUGAACGACGUCUUCUAGAAGCUGGAAGUCCAUGUGACCAUGGGAUGUUAAAAAAUGUAUCUAGAUUAUUUUGUUGCAAAACUUAGAUAGUAAAUAUAGACUAAAUUAUUAAAUUUACUUUGUAUGGGAGAUGAUACUUUACAAAGAAUACUAGAAAAUUUGAAACAAUUAAGGCCAAAACAACAGCGGUAUGUGAAAGCAGAACAUACAUUUUAAUAUUUAUUUCACAAUGCACUUUAAUAUACUUUAAUGUUCAUUUUUAUCCUGUUUUUAUAAUAAUAAAGUACUUAAUAAUCUGAAGCUAUUGCUCAUAGUAUUGAACUUAAUAAAGACAAAUCACGACGU